AUGUCCUCUGAACAAGCAUCGUGUUUGGAUGAUCACAGGAUCACUAGUGAUUUAUCGAAUAUUGAAACAAGUUCCCGUAUACGACUUCAACUUCAUUAUAAAGAUCAUCGACAAGAUUUGAAAGUAGAGAAGUAUGUUUCAUUUUCAUUGACAGAUACUAUUCGUGAUGUUAUAAAAAAGUUUUUGGAAACUGCUGGCCUUGACCAUGUUUCUCCUAGUGACGUUUCACUAGUUGAGUUAGGUAUUGGUAACCAACGUUCGCGCCCGUCCUCAUUAAGUGAAUACUUGACAUUGGACGAACUUAACAUUAAAGAAGGACAUGAUCUCUAUUUUGAACCAUCCAUUAUGGCCGCAACAUCAAGACUCUUUCAUUUAACGAUCUGGGGACCUAGUCCUAUUACCAGAGUAGAAUAUGAAUGGGAUAGAACUACAACAACAUUGAAAAUGUUACUUGAAUAUGUUAUAAAAGUAUUUUCGUUAGAAACGAUCGAAAGCCAACGCAUUCAUCUUUUUCAACAACUUGAAGAACUUGAUCUAUCAUCAAACGCUGAUAAACUAUUAAUUGACUUGGGAAUCAAAGAUCGAUCGCUGAUCGAAGUCGAAAUCAUUCCACCAAUCUCAUUUUCAGACUCGUAUGUAAAUACUAUUACUCCGGCGAGAAAGUUAUCGUUUUUGAAUAAACAAAUAAGCUCUGGCGAUGUACUAUAUGCUGAUUCAAAUCGUUGUAUAGAACUUGAAUUGCAAUACACUGAUCGCAAACAAGAUUUUAAAAAAAUAGUGAAAACUCAGUUUUCGCCAGCAACUAUAAUUCGCGACGUUAUUAAACAGUUAUUGAAAACUUUAGGUCUUAACCAUAUUCUUCCUAAUGAUGUUUCACUAGUUGAGUUAGGUAUUGGUAAUCAACGCUAUUCUGUAUCGUCAUUAAGCAUAUACACGACAUUGAAUCAACUCAACAUUAACCAGGGAGAUGUUCUAUACUUCGAACCAUCAAAUGAUGUUGUACCACCAAGAUCCUUUCGUUUAACUAUAUCGGGACCUAAUUUUGACAAAGCAGAGUAUCAAUGGAACAAGGAUAAAACAACAUUAAAAAUGCUACUGGAAUAUAUUAUCAAAAUAUUUUCGUUAGAAUCGAUCGAACACCAACGCAUUCAUCUUUUUCAGCAUUUUGACGAGCUGGAUCUGUCAUCAAAUCCUGACAAACUAUUAAUUGAUUCAGGAAUCACAGAUCAGUCAUUGAUCAACGUCGAAAUCAUUCCACCAAUUUCAUCUUCAGUCUCGCGUACAAAUACCAUGACUUCAGAGAGACAGUUAGCGUUUUCUGAUAAACAAAGAAACAGCUUUGGUUCAUCAAACACUGAGUCAAAUGAAUACAUAGAACUUCAACUUCACUAUAAGAACCAUCGACAAGAUUUGGAUAUGAAAAGAUGUGCUGUAUUUUCAUUGACAGACACUAUUCACAUCGUUAUAGAAAGAUUUUUGAAGAUUGCUGAUCUUGACCAUAUUUGUCCUGAUGAUAUUUCAUUGGUUGCAUUAUCUAUUGACAAUCAACAUUCUGCUGCACCACCAUCAAAUACAAACAUGACAUUACAACAGCUUAACAUUAAACAGGGACAUGUUCUUUAUUUUGAACCAUCAGCUACUGUUACAUCACCAAGGCUCUAUCAAUUAACGCUAUGGGGACCCGAUUCUCUUGACAAAGCAGAAUAUGAAUGGGACAAGGCUAAGACAACAUUAAACAUGUUACUUGAAUAUGUCAUAAAAAUAUUUUCCUUAGAAUCAAUUGCGAAGGAACGAAUUCAUCUCGUAACACUUCUUGAAAGCGAACUCAAUAUCAUGUCAGAUUCUGACAAACUAUUGAGCGAAUUAAAUAUCACUGAUCAAGAAAGUAUUUUUGUUCAGAUCGUUCCAUCACGUUCAUCGUCGACGGUUCAUGUCGAAUGCGCUCACAUUAGUGGAACACAACUGCUCGACAUAUCGCAUACAACUACGAUUGAUGAGGUGAUACAUCAAAUCGAGCAAAGAUUCAAAGAUCAUUCUCCUCUUAAUGUUAAGCUGUUUGACCGUAUGCACAACAAAAUAGACUUGAAUAUAUCAAAUCAAACGCUUUCCAAUCUUGGUAUAAAUCCUGGUGAAACCAUUUAUGCUAGUGUUCGUCUGGCCCAUUCUAAUAAUCAAUCAUCUACUGUAGAUGCUCGAAUUAAUAGGGCAUUAAGAUCUUCGUCGUUAAUUGCAAAAAAUCAACCAGGUGACGUUUUAGUUAAUGUUAAAUUCUCGGAAUUCGAUCGUACUACCAUUGAAAUUUCAGUAAACGAUACUGUGGAUGAUUUAAUAAAAAAGAUAAAAGCUCUCAAGAAAAAUCGAACAUUAUCUAUUGUUGUCAUGUCAUCUGGAUCGAUUCUUAUUGAUGAUAAAAAACUGGAUCAUCGUUUAGGUGAUAUUGGAAUCAAGCCCGGUGAUGCAAUUGAUGUUAUUGCAAUAGAUAAGACGCCAACCUAUUAUUCAAGCACGAGCAGUUAUGUUACUACGUCCUCCACACCGAGUAGACUAUUAGAAACGCGGCGAUCUUUUUCAAUGCCUAUUGGUUUAUAUAAUCUUGGAAACACAUGCUAUAUGAACAGCGCACUGCAAUGUCUUGCUCAUGCAAAACCAUUAACUGAAUUCUUUUUAGAUGGUCUUACUCAAGAUGCUUCAGAUGAUGAUAAAUACUUAGAUGCUGAAUGGAAUCAGUUUUAUACAAUCGGUACAGUGACUGGAGCAUAUGCUGAUCUAUUGCGAAAUUUAUACUUACCCAAUAAAACUAUGAAUUAUUGUCAUGCAUUUCGGCCCACUCACAUUAGGGAAAUAAUUGGUGUUCAGGCUCCCCGUUUUGCUACUUCGGACCAGCAAGAUGCUCAAGAAUUUAUGACUUUUCUUCUCGAUGAAAUACAUAGAGAAUUAAAAGAAAAAAAUGGCAAUGAAUCAAAUACCAUUAUUGAAGAACUAUUUUUUGGCAAAAUACAAUCGACUAUUACUUGUCUUGAAUGUAAACAUGAAGAAAAAACGACUAACCCUAUCAGUUUCUUGCCAUUACCACUCGUUCAACAGGGUCGUAGAUUUCUGAUCAAAUUUAUUUCUAGAUAUGGUAAUAAUGAGUUGGCAUAUGUGUAUGUAUCCGAGACUGGUCAAGUUAAAAAUCUUAUACAAGCCUUUGCUGAAUCUGAUUCAUCUCGUACCUUGUUCGGUACUAUCAUGGUUAUGGCGAAUGAUGAACAACUUGACUUAGAAAUGCCACUGAAUCAGUUAUCGACUAGAGAAGUAAUACUUAUCGAAAAAGAUGAUUUUGCAAGUGGUACACAGUUUAAUCGACUCAAUAGACAUACGAAAAAAUUAACUCUUGAAGAUUGUCUUCGAGAAUUUUGUUCACUUGAACCUCUUGAAGAUUCGUGGUCAUGUCAACAAGAAACAUGUAAAAAAAAUACGAAAGCAACUAAACAACUUCAAAUUUGCAGCCUUCCACCUAUACUCAUUAUUCAAUUCAAACGAUUUUCACAUGAAGAUGGCUUACGAGAAAAAUUAGAAACAUUUGUCGACUAUCCUAUAAAUGGACUCAAUUUAACUAGUUUUCUUUCAUCAUCAUCAGAAGAUAUCAUUUACGAUUUAUUUGCUGUUAGUAAGCACACUGGAUCAAUAUAUGGAGGUCAUUAUACAGCAUGUGCUCGACACGAAUCGAACGGUAAAAGUGAAUGGUACGAAUUCAAUGAUACAAUUACAUCCUCGUUUUGUUUCGAUAGUGACAUUGUUUCCAAAGAUGCUUAUCUUCUUUUCUACAUCAAAAGAGAAAAUCCGAGGCAAUCAACACAAAUAACAACAUCUUAA